AUCGACAUCAACAUCGAUAGCAGCAUCAACAUCUCGCCGAGGUGAACGCAACGACAGUCCCAGCAAAAGCGCCAUGGCGAUUCCGAUGCGAGAGGGAGGUGAAAGAUGGGGGUUCGCAGAAGGCGGCUGAAGACACCCCACCAUCGAAAUUGACUCCAAAGUCCCGCCCACUUCUGCAUCUUCAUCUUCAUCUUCCACCUCUCACUCUCCCCCCUUUCUCUGCCAAUUCGACUCCGAUCGAUGGACGCAAAACCUCCUCCCGAACCUCUUGCGGCUGCCGAGCCGCCGUCUAAACACAUCGUAACUUUCAACCCGCCCCUCAUCAACUCUGCCAAUCCCUGGGCCAGCAGCUACGAUGACCUUAAAGCCCUCUACGACUGCCCCUACACCGGCGCGGUGACGAUACGGACCUCUCUCUGGAAGGCGUUCAAUCAACACUCCUCAACUCACCAAUACACCUUCUUCUCUCCCACCGUAGGCCACUCCACUGCGCCUGUCGAUGUCUCCCUCGCAGAAGGCCGCGGCGCCGUCCUCCCUGGCGAGACCAGCUCCCUGAAUACCCUAGGCUACAGCCCAAUCCCUUUCACCGACUAUACCAAGAUGCUGAUCAACUUCUCUCAGUCUGGUGAGCUGAAACGGCGCCCCGCGAAGCCCUUCAUUGUGUCCGUCACGGGCUCCGCCUUCGAAGUUGCGGCCUGCUACACGCAUCUCAUGGAAAUCCAAAACAACCCCGAGAAGUGCAGGUGGAAGCCGGAUGAGGAUUAUGACGAUCUGGAAAUGAUGAUGGAGAUUAACCUCUCCUGUCCCAAUAUUCCGGGUAAACCACCGCCAGCCUACGAUGCGGCCAGCUUGUCCGAAUAUAUUCUUGCUAUCGCGGAAGCAGGGCAGUCUUUUGGCCGUGCGCCUAAACACCCUGUACACGUGGGCAUUAAAACCCCGCCUUAUACCUACCACGGCCAGUUUCAGAACCUGAUUAUGGCCCUGGAGGAAUCUGCGAAGCUGCCAAAUGGAUGUCCUAUCUCGUUCAUCACGGCAACGAAUACGCUGGGUUCCUGCCUCGUGCUUAAUGCUAGUAACGAGCCUGCUCUGGGAUCGGCUAAUGGGACUGGCAUUGGAGGAAUGGCGGGUGACGCCCUUCAUCCGAUUGCCCUGGGGAAUGUGAAGACGAUCAGGCAGAUGCUGGAUGCGUCCGAGCAUUCGCAGCUGCGUCGCAUCUCUGUUAUCGGAAUUGGGGGUGUGAGUGAUGCAGAUGGAUUCAGGAGAAUGAAGAGUGUGGGCGCCACAGCAGUAGGGGUCGGGACGGCACUUGGAAGGGAAGGCAUACCCGUCUUCGAGAAGAUCACAUCGGGAUUGUCAAAGGAUGACAUUGAAAUGUCAUGAACUUGAAAGGACUAACACAACGGUGAUGAUCGAAUUGGUAGAUAUAUGAACAUUAACAUAUGAUAUCUGUAGUCAAAACCUCCCCAUGUCUAAACCUCGCU